AAUGGUCUCCGCCCUUCCUUCGCUAGGAAGUAUCGACACUGCCGCUUGGCUAUGGAGGACCCUCUCGACGGCGCCGCCUUGUCAAUAGAAAAUGGGAGUAGCACCAACGAUCUCUUGAAGAGGGAAGUUGGGUUUAGCGCGGACUCGAUCCCAGUUAGCCCUUCACGUCCCUGUUUCCAGAAAGUGUGGCGGUCAUGGCUAUCGAUCAACGAUUCCUGGACCUCCAAAUGGUGGUAUGCGGCGGUCCACAACAUCACUGCCGUGAUUGGAGCUGGAGUUCUUUCGCUCCACGGAGCUAUGGUCGACUUAAGCUGGGCUCCAGGGAUUUUCGUGCUGUGCGUUAUCGGCAUCAUAAGUCUCAGCACAAUGUGGCAAAUGAUCGAGCUCCACGAGCUCGAUGGGAAACGCAUGGACAGAUACCAUGAGCUGGGCCAGAGGGCUUUCGGAAAGAAGCUCGGGCUCUGGAUUGUGGUACCCAUGCAAAUGCUCGUCGAGAUCGGUGUCGACACCGUCUACCUCCUCACCGCUGGAAAAUCCAUCCGGAAGAUCCACAGCCUUCUCUAUGGUUGCCCAAUUCAAGACUCUUCAUGUAACUGGGAGCUGCGAUAUUGCAUCAUGGCGUUUGCAUCGGUCCAGCUUCUCCUCUCGCAGCUUCCACAUUUCACCUCCAUCACCUGGGUUUCGAUUAUUGCCGCUUUCAUGUCUCUCGGCUACUCCACAAUUGCUUGGGUCGCCACCUUAAUGCGUGAACGAAGCCCCACAGUCAGCUAUGAAUUUCCAAAAGCAACUUCUACUGCGGAUGUUAUUUUCGGGGUGUUUAGCUCGCUGGGCCAGAUCUCGUUUGCAUUUGCGGGACACAAUAUCGUUCUUGAGAUCCAGGCCACUAUUCCUUCCACCAUUGAGAGACCCUCCAAGAUCUCGGCCUGGAAUGGAGCUCUCCUGGCCUACACGAUGACCAUCUUGUGUUAUUUCCCAAAUGCCCUGGUCGGGUAUUACGUUUUUGGGAAUCAAAAGAACCAUGACAUGCACGUCCUUGAGAUUCUGGACAAGCCUGUUUGGCUCGUCGCACUAGGAAAUGCAAUGGUGGUGACGCAUAUGUGUGGUGGCUUUCAGAUAUUUGCAAUGCCGCUGUUUGACAAUGUGGAGAUGCUUCUCACAAACCUGUGGAAGGUUAAUGGAGGGAUCAAUCUUAGAUUACUUGUUCGAUCAAUUUACGUUGCAUUUACAUGCUUUCUUGCUGUGACAUUUCCUUUCUUUGACGAUUUGCUCGCUUUUGUUGGGGGAAUAGCCUUCGUCCCAACAACAUUCCUGCUACCUUGUAUCAUCUGGCAAAUUCUUCGCAAGCCCAGAACAUUCGGAUUGCCAUGGCUAGCGAACAUGGCUUGCAUAGGAGUGGGCUUCUUUCUUACAAUCGCUUCCACAGCUGGUGGGCUUCGAAACAUUCUCCUCAAGGCUUCGCAUUACCAGUUCUACAAAUAACUUUCCUUGUAAGGUUUUCAUAUGUGAAUAUUCGUAUCCUUCUUCCGCG